CUCCACCACCACUGACACCACCCGUCAGUAUUUCGUGUGUGUAUCGUCCAGAUACCACCCGCAGCGCAGUUCGGCAUCACCACGACCGUCCUCGCCGUCGCCUCCCCCCUCCACCGCCGCCGCCGUCGUCACACGUGCAGCCGCACCCUCCGACACGGCCACUCGCUGCAGUUCGCUCUGUUCGCGCAUCCCAAAAUUCUUCUCCGCUCAUUCACGAGCAUCUAAUACCACGCGCACUCGAGAGCAGGCCUUUCGCUUCGCUCUCUCCCUUCCCGGCUGUCCUUCUCGCACCACCACGCCCACUCCGCUCCGCUCGCCGCCCGACACCCGGCGACCGCUCGAGGAAGACCCGACCAUCUCAUGACAAGCGCGACAUCUGGGGACUCCACAGUUCCAGUCAGCGCCUCUCAAACCGCCAACACGCCUUCCGCCACUACCGCCAGUACGACUUCCUCGCUGCCGCAAGCUGUGUCUUCACAGCCCGCAGUGAAGUCGUACGCCAACGCUACCAAAACGGCGACUCCACCAACAUCGGCUGGAGCCUCUGCGCCAGCGCAAAAUGCAGCAAAGUCGAACGACGCUCAACUGAACGGUUCGAUGGCGCAAGGAGGCUCUCAGCAACCAGCUCACGGGGUAUCGAAUGGCACCUCGAACACUGCUGAUCACACCCGCAAAACAUCUGUCGUGAUCAACGCUUCUGGCGCCUCAGGCAGCUUCCCGAACGGAGGUCCUGUCGGUCAGAAUGGUACUCGUCCUUCCAUCAACUUCGGCAUGAUGAGCGCACAGGGCGGCGAACAGGCCAGCGCGCCUCAACAUUCGCACAGUGCUUCUCUGCAACAGCCGCGCCAGGACCCACGCGUGACCACGCCGACCCAUUCACCUUCGCCUAUCCCACAGCCGGCAGCAAGCGGUGGCCGCCCGCCGUCCAGUUUGCCAAACCAGAACAACGGCGGCCUCGCUUUUGGCAGUCUGCCCGCGGACACCGAAACUAUGCGCGGACAUGGCCACAUCCCUCCGGCUAACGCUCCUGCCCACGAGAGACGUCCAUCAUCGCACUCGAUGCAGAGUGAAUUGAGCAGCCAAGGCAUGCGACCCGGCUUCCCGCCACAAGGCCGCGGUAGUGGUCGAGGCCAGCAAUUCACUCCGGGUCAGCAGUAUAUGGGUUCACCCGGCGCACAAUACCGGAACCUUCAAGGCCAACCACCACGUAACUCAUUCCCCCAACAAUUUAAUCCUCAGCAGCCACCCGGGUCACCAUAUGGGCGCCCAGCAGCACGCGCAAGUCCCGUUCCGAUGAACGCUCAACCACAGAUGCAGGGCCAACAGAUGCACUAUCAGCAACACGGCUACCCCAUGCAUCCCCAACAACAACAGCAAAUGUAUGGCAUGCCGCCGUACGAUGCUUCGAGUGGCCACUAUAACCCAUAUUACUACCCACCACAGUACUAUGGGCAACCGCCACAGAGUCCUCGUCCUGGCUACCCUAGUCCAUUCCAAGGCAAUGCCGCCGGCAUGCAACCACCUUUCCAUCCCUCCGCGGCGCCCGGCAUGGCUCGCACACCUUCGCAGGCAUCCGAGCGUCCGGCCUCGAGUCUUAGCCACCCUCAGACUCCCGCGCAGACCGCUCCAGUCCCAUCUGGCACUCCUGGCCCUGGCCCUGCUACCCCUGUUCAAAGCAGCAGCUUCAUUCGCCCCGUGAAGAAGAGCAAUGCGAUCAAGAUCACAGAUGCUAACGGCAACGCCAUCGACUUCACCAAGCCUGCCACUCCUGCCCAAAGCUCCUCGCAAGGUCCAGUCAUCGUGUCCACCCCGAACGCCCCGACCCCACCGCCACGAGCAGGUAGUAACAACCACAAUCGCGCCGAAAGCAAGAGCGCGCCAUCCUCGGAGAGCACCAAGAAUGCAUUUGCCGAGCAGGUCAAGAGGAAGAUCGACGAGGACAAGCGGCUAGCUGCAGAAGCCGAGGCGGCGAAAUCGAAAGAGACUGCCGACAAGGCUGCCGAGUCGAAGAAGGCUGAGGAGGCCGCUGCAACCCAGGUCAAGGAGGCUGCUGCCGAAGCAGAGAAGGCCGCAGCCAAGGCCGCUGAUGACAAGAAGGCAGAAGAAGAUGCCGAGGCUGCGAAGAAGGCCCUCGAGAACGAGGAGGCCGAGAAGACACGCAAGCAGCAAGAGGAAGACGAGCGCUUGGAGCGUGAGAUCGCGGAGAUGGAAGCCAAGUACGCCGCUGAGGAGAAGGAAGAGGAAGAGCGUGAGCGUGCUUACCAGGAGAAGAAGGCUAAGGAGAAGGCAGAGCGUGAGGCCAAAGAGAAGGCCAACCUCGACGAGAAGCUCAAGCAGCAAGAACGCGAGGCCGAGGCGCGAGAGGAGGCGCGUGAGCGUGAACGCGAGGCUGCGGACAAGAAAGACGUGGACGAGGAGGCCAAAUCCAUGUUCGCACAGCUGAAGAAGACCACACUUGGUCCUCAAGGCUCGUCAGCAGCCACUCCAAGCGGGACCGAGACACCCACGUCUGAGAAGGAAUCAGAAGAGCCCGCCGAGUCGACCCCUGCCGCUGCGGCACCACGCGCAGGAGCUUCGAAACCCAAACCUGCUCACCUCAAGCUCGAGACGAACAAACCCGUGGAACGUGCAGAGCCAACUCCUGGUAUGCAGGCACUGAAGUCUUCGCGUUUCCUCGAACUCAAGGAGGAGGCCAAGUACCCCGACGGCUUCAAAUCGCCAAACCCAGCUCUCAACCCCAACGGUGCUCGUAAAGGACAUGCUUACGACAAAUCCUUCCUGCUGCAAUUCCAGAACAUCUUCAAGGAGAAGCCGUCUGUCGACUGGGACCAGAAGGUCAAGGACACGCUUGGACCCAGCGAUGAUUCUGCUCGCACUCCCGCGCGCACGCCUUCCAACAUGGGAUCGCGUCAAGGAUCUCGCGGUGGGCAGCCCUUUGGCGGACCUAUGGGCGGCGCCAUGGGCAGCUUUGCCGGGCCAAUGGGUACUGGCAAUGCUCGAGGUACUACUUCGGAGCAACGAUUCCAGGCCGCUCAGAUGGGCGCCAUGGGCGGUCGCCCUGGCAUGCCAGCGGGUCGUGUGCCAAGUCAACUUGUUGGUAUGGGUCAGGCUGGUGGUAUCAGUCGCAGCAAUAGCAGUCUGCAGAUGGGCAACAUGAACUCACGACAGCAGAGCUCUCGAGGCGGUGGCCGAGGCGGCAGUAGGAAUGACCGCCAGCACAGCAAGCGCCAGGAGCAAGCCGACGCGAGCAAGAUGCCUCUUACUGCACACAUGGAAAUUAAGCCGAUCGAGGUCACCCAGAGCGGUUGGAAGCCAAUGAGUCUCCAGGGUAAUGGUGGCCCAUCGAAUUCCGGACCCGAUCCAUCUGGCUUGAUGGCUCCUGACAUGGUGCAGCGCAAGGUCAAGGCCGCGUUGAACAAGAUGACUCCAGAGAAGUUCGACAAGAUUUCGGACCAAAUUCUCGAGAUUGCCGCCCAGUCGAAGCACGAAGUUGACGGCCGCACUCUGCGACAGGUCAUUCAGCUCACCUUUGAGAAGGCCUGUGACGAAGCACACUGGGCUGGCAUGUACGCCAAGUUCUGUCACAAGAUGCUGACUACCAUGAGCACUGAGAUCCGCGAUGAAACCAUCAAGGACAAGAAUGGUAACCCCGUCGUCGGCGGUGCUCUCUUCCGAAAGUACCUGCUCAACCGCUGCCAGGAGGAAUUCGAGCGUGGAUGGCAGGCUAAUCUCCCAGACAAGCCUGAGGGCGAGUCGCAAGAGGCUGCUCUGUUGUCCGACGAGUACUACGUUGCCGCUGCCGCCAAACGUCGUGGUCUUGGUUUGAUUCAGUUCAUCGGCCAGCUGUACAAGCUGCGCAUGCUGACGCUUCGCAUCAUGCACGAAUGUGUUAUGCGUCUGCUCAACUUCGAGGGCGACCCAGACGAGGCCGCUAUUGAGAACUUGACCACUCUGCUCAGGUCUGUCGGUUCCACCAUGGACGAAGAAGAGCAAGGUCAACAGCUCAUGAAGACCUACUUCGAUCGCAUUGACCAAGCAAUCAUGCAAAACAAGAACCUUCCAAGCAGACCACGCUUCAUGGUUCUCGAUCUCAUCGAUCUCCGCAAAGCAGGUUGGAAGGGCAAGGACUCAGCGAAGGGCCCCAAGACUAUUCAAGAAAUCCACGACGAAGCAGCCCUCGCACAGGCGAAGGCCGAGGCCGAGAAGGCCAAGGGUCCUCGUGGUGGUGCUCCAGGUGGCCGCAUGCCAGCUGGUCGCGGCGAUGCUCGCAACUUCUCCGGUGGCAUGCCACCACCACAGGAUUACAACCGAACCAACGUUGCCAUGGACGAUCUUCGUAAGCUCCAGGCUCGUGGAUCAAACCCACGCUCAGGCAGCUCACUCGGUCCUGGUGGCAGCCUUGGUCCGGCUGGUCUGGGUCCUCGAACUGGCAGCAGACGUGGCGCUGGCGGUCUAGGGCCUGGCUCAACUGGAACAUCCAGAACGAACACUCCUCCUGUUGGAGACAAGAAAGAAGAGCCCGCUACUGCUCAAAAUGCAUUUAGCGCCCUCGCUAGCCUCGAUGCCUCUGGAGAUCAGCCCGAGGAAGCACAGUCCGAAGCAGCAUCACCGCCAGCCGCUCGGAACCGAUCAAAAUCACCCACGGCGGCUGAGAAGGAUGAGACUGCUGUAUGAGAUACCCCUUUUGCGCUGCUUUUAGGAGAGUACGACUGUAUCCACUACGCUUCGGACUGUGUUACCAAUAUUACGACUACUAAUCUGCAUUUCCGCGGGGUCGAGGGAUAGAAAAGAGGAUCGCUGCUUUUUGACGCGUGCUUGCGCUUCGCUUCUUGCGUGUUGUAAAAGUUCUUUCUCGACAAUGCACGGCAACAAGAGGUGUUUGCAUUCAACUGGUCAUUGCGAAUCGCAGCGACUUGCGAUGCAUUUUGGGAUCAGCAAAAAUGUUUUUCGGGCGACGGCGUUCAUCACGGGCUCUAGACAUGGACUGAUCGCGCUGCGUUUCUGCUUCUUCUUUGCUUUCAGGAUGUCUUCUCGACACGAGUGGGGGAGAGAGGGCAUUGGCUUCGGGCGCGGCGGCUUUGAUAGCCACUGCUGGUAAUGAAUGAGCUGAUGCUGGGAUGCGGAUGGAAUGAUGGUCAAGGGCGGCUUCGUGGGUUUCGCUACGUGGAUGCUGUCGAUGAUCACGGUUCUAAUGUCUAGACUCUCUCUCCCCAGACUUGUGACGAGUUGAUGCUUUCCGACGACCAUUCGAGGAUGGAUUGAGUGUACCGACGCGAGAUAUUGGGUUAGUGACGCACCGGGAGGCAGGGGUUUUGCGCUCAGUCAAUAUAGGGUGCAGAUACUGUUUCGAAUGGCGAAUUGGUACUG